AUGCCAGUGGCUCUAGAGUGCCGUCUGACCCCUGUGCCCCGCUGGACUGAGAUACAGGCUACAGAGGCCUCAGUCCAGACCAGAACCUCCCUCAGACCAGAACCUCCUUCAGACCAGAACCUCCCUCAGACCAGAACCUCCCUCAGACCAGAACCUCCCUCAGACGAGAACCUCCCUCAGACCAAACCUCCCUCAGACCAGAACCUCCCUCAGACCAGAACCUCCCUCAGACCAGAACCUCCCUCAGACCAGAACCUCCCUCAGACAGGAGUGUCCGCUUCCAACACGUCCACAGUCCGCCCGGGAUCCGUACGCCGAACCAAACCCGAAGGGAAAGCCUCCACAUGCGGCCAGCGCCCAGGACGUGACCCCCCCCCGCGCCCCCGGUGGUGCUCCCGAUGUUCGCCCGUGGAUCCGUACUCCCGGUGGUUUGGAGCCAUGAAAGUCACCGUGUGCUUCGGACGCACUCGGGUCGUGGUGCCGUGCGGGGAAGGGGAGCUCAAAGUGCGGGCUCUGAUCCAACAAGCGGCCGUGCGUUACAGGAAAGCCAUCUCCAAGGACGCCUCCUACUGGCUGCACGUGCACCGACUGGAGCACAGCGAUGGAGGGAUCCUGGACCUGGACGAUGUUCUGUGUGACGUUGCCGACGACAAAGACAAACUGGUGGCGGUGUUCUCGGAGCAGGAGCCUCAUCACGGUGGAGAUGGGACCAGCGCCAGUUCCACCGGGACUCAGAGUCCGGAGCUGUUCAGUGACCUGAGCUCCUCGGCUUUCAGGCCGUUUCAGAGCAGCGAGAUCGAAGUGACGCCCAGCGCGCUGCGCACAAACAUGCCUCUCCACGUGCGCCGCAGCAGCGACCCCGCCCUGCUCUGUCUGAACGGUCCAAUCACAGUCAUUGAGUCGCGAAGCCAGAGCGAAGACCCACCCUCCAGGAAGAACCCGGCCCGAUGGUCCACGACCGCAGGGUUCCUCAAGACCAGGACCUCGGGCGGCGGCAGCCUGGAGCGGAAGGCCAAAGCCGUGGACUCGUACCGCAGUCUUCCCCGUGACGCCGGCACAUGGUCCAAUCACAGAGAGUUCCAGAGGGAAACCGCCCGAUCGUCUCUGAGCGCCAACCAUCCCCUGGUCGACCGCUGGUUGGAGCGUCAGGAGCAGGAGGAGGACUCUCAGGAGGAGAAUGGGAGGAUAGAACCAGUGGGACGAGCCGACUCCUGUGUGGAAAACUCCCCAGUCACAAACCUACAAGACAUAGUGAAGCUCGUGGAGGUCUCCAACGAUGGCGGUCCUCUGGGGAUCCACGUGGUGCCGUUCAGUGGACGUGACCGCAGGACUCUGGGUCUUCUGGUUAAGCGUCUGGAAUGUGGAGGAAAAGCCGAGGAGCAGAGUCUGUUCCAGGAAAACGACUGCAUCAUCCGCAUUAACAACGGAGACCUGAGGAACAUCAGAUUCGAACAAGCUCAGAACAUGUUCCGCGCCGCCAUGCGUUCUCCGCUCAUCUUGUUCCACGUGGUUCCAUCCUCCAUGAAGUCAGAGUACGAGCAGCUCACAAACCCCGCCCCCUCGGAACGCUUCAGCCCCGCCCCGUCUGAGCGCUUUAGCCCCGCCCACAUAUCCCCGGGACAUGCCCACAUAUCCCCGGGACACACCCACAUAUCAGCAGGAUACAGCAGCCCUGACUCCUUCUCGGCGCUGGAGACUCACCGAGCGCCCCAGGACCCCCCCUCUCACCCCCCCACACACGCUGCCAUGAUGUCCCACCCUCCGGUCAUCUCCGCCGCCAAGCCGCCAUCAGGCCACGCCCCCCACAGAACCGCCACCACUCACAGCGCAGGGGGUGUAUCCAAGAGGAUCGGGCGAAGACUGAACAUCCAACUGCAGAAAGGUCCAGAGGGAUUGGGCUUCAGCAUCACCUCCAGAGACGUUCCAGUUGGAGGCUCCGCCCCAAUCUACGUAAAGAACAUCCUGCCGAGAGGCGCCGCUAUCCAAGAUGGUCGACUGAAGGCAGGAGAUCGGCUGCUGGAGGUGAACUCUGUGGAGCUAAACGGCUGCACGCAGGAGGAGGUGGUGUCUCUGCUCAGAGCGACACCUAUGGGUGGAGCUGUGUCACUGCUGGUGCUGCGGCAGGAGGAGGCUUUUCUCACCGCGGAAACUAAGUGCGAGGAGGAGGAGCUGACCCUCACUCCGGACGGGACCAGAGAGUUCCUCACCUUCGAGGUCCCCCUCAGUGACUCGGGUUCUGCUGGCCUCGGCGUCAGUGUGAAAGGGAACCGCUCCAAAGAGAACCACGCCGACCUCGGCAUCUUCAUCAAGUCCAUCAUCAACGGAGGAGCGGCCUGCAAGGACGGCCGGAUGCGAGUGAACGAUCAGCUCAUUGCGGUGAACAACGAGUCUCUGUUGGGGAAGACGAACCAGGACGCCAUGGAAACGCUGCGCAAGUCCAUGUCUGUGGAGGGCAACCGGCGAGGAACCAUCCAGCUCAUCGUGGCGCGGCGCCUCAAGAACACGGAUCCCGGACUCAGUCCUCUGGGGCCCCGACUCUCUCUGGACUCUUCUCUGGACGACCAUGAGCGAAGGAUCUCUCACUCUCUGUACGGAGGUCUGGAAGGACUGGACGAGAACCUCAUGCCGCGUCAGGGAACUAUGCCUAGGACCACAGCCCACUACCACCUCUCUCCCACGGUGAACAUGCCUCAGGACGACACGGUGAUGAUCGAAGAGGACGGUCUGCCCCCUCUGGUGCAGCACAUGUCUGACCAGUCCUCCUCCAGCUCCCACGACGAGACGCACUUGUACCCAGCCAACACUCCAGUCUGGGCCCGCGACGACGCCCCAGUGUGGACCAGAGACCCAGACCGGGCUCCGGCCUGGACCCAGGAAUUGCCCAGCCAACCUGACAGCGCUCUGGGCCAAGACGAGCCCUCCUCAGACGGGACCGGACCCCCCACAGACGGCCCCUUCCUCAGAGAAGGCUUUGGGCGCCAGAGCAUGUCUGAAAAACGCACCAAACAGUUCAGCGACGCGUCCGCACUGGAGAUCCUGAAGACACGCAAGUCCAAGAGCAUGGACCUAGGCUCCACCCCCGCAGGCCUGGGCCCCUCCCUCGGCCUGAAGAAGUCCAGUUCGCUGGAGUCUCUGCAGACGGCGGUGGCGGAGCUGAACGUGGGUGUGGCCCUGCACAGGCCCCGCCCACACCGCAUCGUGAGGGGGAGGGGGUGCAAUGAGAGCUUCCGCGCCGCCAUUGACAAGUCGUACGACGGCGAAGAACGGCGAGGACCGGCCACUGAGGAGGAUGAAGGCAUGGACACAUUGGAGGAGGACACGGAGUGCAGCUCUCGUUCCGGUCGGGAUUCCGUCUCCACCGUUGCAGACACGACGCCUCUCUCUGGAACGGACAAACUUUUACUAAACGGCUCAAACCAAAACAACGAGGAGCGGCACCGGAGCGAUGAGAGGAGCACCAAGGACCGGAAGAAACACGACGGCAAAGAGACUAAGAAGGACAACAGCAAGUCCAAGAAAGGGGUCCUGAAAGGACUCGGAGACAUGUUCAGAUUUGGUAAAAACCGUAAAGACGAGCGUCCAGCGGAGAAGAUGGACCGAAAGGGUUCCUCCAAGUGGAAACCGGAGGAAACUGCAGACGAAGACAUGCAGAAGAUGAGGCUGGAGCAAGAGAGGAUCCAGGCCAAAACCAGGGAGCUGCGCGAGCGUCAGGCUCGUGAGCGAGACUACGCAGAGAUCCUGGACUUCCCCCGGUCUGCGGACUGCGGGUCCCAAGAGGAGCACCCGUACGCUGGGGUGAGCAGUCCCCUGGAGAGCCACCACCAGAGCUACACCCAGCUCCAGACCCAACUCCAGACCCACCUCCAGACCCACCUCCAAACUCAGAACCAGACCCAGAACCAGACCCAGCUCUCAGACGCCACCUACAGCCCUGUGAGCCGCCGAACCACCGCAACAGACAGUUCUGCGCAGACGCCGUCCAACCACGACCGAAUACAGCGGCUGCGGCAGGAGUUCCAGCUAGCGCAGGACGUGUCUGACGAUCAGGACGCCAGCGCGAAAUACGGAUAUGAACAGACCUGGAGCUGUAGCAGCGUGCCCGGACGUCACUCUGUGUCUGUGGAAGUUCAACUGCAGCGACAGAGAAGAGAAGAGAGAGAGUCCUUCAACCAGAGGCAGUACUGCUCCCUGCCAAGACAACCGAGGAAACAGCUGAGCUCCGUGUCCCAGGACUUCACCCCCGGAGAGGCCUUCCAGUCGGGCAAGGAGAACCCCCGCUACAGCAGCCUGCAGGGUCCCAGGAGCCAGGGAACCUCAAACCAGGCCCCAAGGAACCAGGGAACCACAAACCAGGCGCUCAGGAACCAGAGCUACCAGACUGUGGGCAGGACCAAUGGCUACCCGCGUGCUAACGGCUACGCAGCGGGGCCUGGGACCGGCUCAGGAGUGAACGCUCGGGUUCUGAUGGAGGCUCAAGAGUUACUGCGACAGGAGCAGCGGCGGCGGGAGCAGGAGGCGGGGUUUACCAGCUUUUCGUCCAAUCAGAUGUCUCCCAAAGGCCCGCUCCGACAGGAUGUCCCACCCUCCCCGUCCCAGCUACUACGACUCAGCAGAGGCUCCGACACGGGGCGGCCAUUUUACUCCUGA